AAAGCAGGUGAGCAGGUGCGCUUUUUGCAGAGAGGUAACUAGGAUAUUCCCAUCACAAGAUCCGCACAGGAGCACAGGAGCACUGGGCACCCCGCCGUGACAACACAGGCCAGCGUUCAGGGCAGAAUGGCCAACUUCAAGGGACAUGCACUACCUGGUACAUUCUUCCUGCUGUUUGGCCUGUGGUGGUCGAUUAAGUACCCUUUCCGACAGAUACGGAGGAAACGAGAGAGGCAACAUGGAGACAGAGAUAGACAAAUGCACACUGUACUCUUAAACCGCAUAGACUUAAUUGAAGGAGCUCUAAAGAUCUUUUUUGCAUUUGUUGGGAUCAUGGCAGAGCAGUUUGUGCCUGAUGGUCCUCAUGCACAUCUGUAUCAGGGUGGCUGGGUGAAGCUGAUGAAUUGGCAGCACAGCACCAUGUACUUGUUCUUCGGUAUCUCUGGCAUCGCAGACGUUCUCAGCAUGACUUCUCGCCAUGUGCCAGUUGGUCUUGACCGUCUCUCCCUUUCCUUGGCUCUCUUUGUGGAAGGUUUCCUUUUCUAUUUCCAUGUCCACAAUCGUCCUCUUCUGGACCAGCACAUUCACUCUCUGCUUCUGGUUGCGGUGUUUGGUGGAUCCGCCACCACAAUGUUGGAGGUGUUUAAGCGAGAUAACACAGUGCUGGAACUUUUCAGGUGCAGUUUGGCCAUCCUACAAGGAACAUGGUUCUAUCAGAUCGGGUUUGUGCUGUUUCCUCUGAGUGGAUCACCUUGGGAUCAGGAAAAGCACGACAACAUCAUGUUCAUCACCAUGUGCUUCUGCUGGCAUUACGCUGUGGCUCUAUUGAUUGUAGGCAUCUGCUACUGUGGAGUUUUUUGGUCUUCAAAAUGGUGUGAUGGAAGGCAGAUAGGCGACUUGGAGAUGGGGCUCAGAAAGUGUCCUGCCUCAGACUCUAGCCCCCAGAAGGCUUUGCUCCAGGAAUCAGAUGAAGAGUAGUUGGAGCCUGUGAUGACUGCCAAGAUUGAAUGCACUUUUUUCU